CUUUUUCCUUCCUUUUGUUCUUUUUGUUCCUUUCCUUUCAGGUUCAUUUAUGGACCAUUUGGUAUAUCCCUUGACGGUUUUGUUCUUUACACAUAUCAAUUAGGAAGUUUUGUUUCAUACAAAACUUCCGCUAUUCAUUUUGCCCUCGAAAUAUACCGCUUAAAAAAGCUUCCUCGUGUAUCCUAUAUCAUCGGUGCUGGUCAAUUCUUACAAUUUGAACCUGAGAAACAGGGAAUUGUCUUUUCUGUUCAAAAAGUUAUUUAUUUUCACAGGUUUUCUUUAUUGUGAUUUCUUGUUUUGGGCUUUUUCAUUAUCAUCAGUUUUAUUUUCCUUCUAGGGUUUAUUCUUAUUCAUAUAUUAAUUCAUUUUCAUAUUGUUACUGUUAUUUUCAUUCUUACUCUCAUACUCAGUUUUCUGUUUUUUUCUUCGUUGUCUUUUAUUGUCGUUUCUUUUCCGUUACAAAAUGAAUGUUCAAGACCGAAGCCGAAACCGAAAAUUAAUUACAGCAGGUGCUGCUGAAUAUCAGGACAAAGUACGCUCCAGCUUCUUCAUGGAUCCCAUUUUUGAGGAUGGAGAUGUUCGAAAUCAUUUUCAAAAGGAAAGUGUUAUCUUAGAGCAAAAGCCCAAACCUGCCCGAGCGCGUCCUUCUGCGGGAUCUCCAAAAAAUCUUUUUAAAAAAAACUUCAAUUUUCUUAAGUCUCUUUUAGGUCGUUUCUUUCCAUCUCAAAAAAAGAGCAAAUGUUUGAACCCUAGGUCUGUUCAGAUCUCUCCUCCCACCUUAGUCAGUACUACAUCUGCUCUUGCUUUGUCUGCCAUGCAACAACCCGAAUGCUUCAACAGCUGAAUUCCACUUCCCUAAAGUUCUCUUAUUGCUCUUCUCCUCUUCCCCUCUUCCCUCUUUAGUACCUUUCGUUUUGUUUUCACUCGCUUCACACUGUUGCUUUCAUCAUCGCUAACGAUCAAUCAAAAUCUGGCCUUUCUUUUUAUUAUUUAAUUUUUUUUAUAACAAGCCAUGCCUUAAUGUCAUAACUCUUAUAAUAUCUGGCUAUACACGAUUUCAAACUUUGACCCCAAUUUUUCAACUUCCAUUUACCCCAUCUAUAUGCUUACUUGAAUAAUAUUUUUCAUUUUACCAUAACAAAAAAUCAAUUUUUAUUUUGUACAACUUACAUUCUCUCC